AUGCUGCUGUCCCUUCUCACUAAGCGGCAGUCGCCCGCAACAGCCCGCUACGACUGGAUCCUUGCGAUCACCUUCAUCGCCUACUGCUUCAGCGCUUUCGGUAAUGGAGCCAACGAUGUUGCGAACGCAUACGCUACAUCGGUCGCAGCCCGAACGCUCUCCAUGGUGCAAGUCGGCUUCCUGUCCAUCAUUACCGAGUUCUUCGGUGCCGUCGUCUUGGGCGAGCGCGUCACGGAUACGAUCAAGAAUGGAAUCAUCACAAUCGACCGCUUCGAAGGCCGACCUGGAGUCCUCAUGCUCGCUAUGGGGUGUGCUGAAGUAGGCAGUGCCAGCUGGCUGAUGUUUGCGACCAGCCAGGGCAUGCCAGUGUCAACUACCCAGACAGUCGUCGGAGCCCUGAUCGGUGUAGGCUUCGCCACGCAGGCGCCGAUCCAAUGGGCCUGGGAUUCUGGCAGUGUUUCGCAGGUUGCGGCAUCAUGGGGCAUUGCACCCGUCAUCGCGGGCGCUUUCGCAGCGCUUGUAUUUGGGUUGGUCAAGUACACCGUCCUUGAACGAAAGGAUAGCUUCAAGUGGGCCAUGCGAUUGAUUCCGUGGUACUUUGGCCUUACCGCUGCGAUCCUGGCAUUAUUCAUUGCCAUCGAAGCGCCUGGGUCUGAUAUCGACACUCUUGGGGGCGGGACCAUUGCUGGAAUUAUCUUCGCGGUCUUCUUCGGGAUCACGAUCAUCUGCUACAUCUUCUUCAUGCCAUUCUUUGAACGCAAGCUGAUAAGGAAGGAUACUCGUUUAAGGGUGUGGCAUAUACCAAUGGGACCAUUGCUGCGGAACGACAAUGUCAAACUCUACUUUCCUGGCAAGGGCGAUGAGUAUGUUACCAACUACUAUGAGGAUGCAUAUGGCAAUGUCUCUGCUGGGAAGAAAGACGAAGCCAAAGCCAAGUCGGUGUCGAACAACAGCAGUGACCGUGACUUGGAUCCUGACGCCAUCCACGGUACCGUCGAUGUCGAGAAACGCGACGACAAGGCCGCGCUCCGGGCUGCUGAAGAAGAGCAAGCAAUGAAGCGUGCGAAGUCUGGAUAUGUGCCACCAUAUGAGCGUUGGAUCGUGCCUGUGCAAGGUCUGUGGUGGUCCAACCCGAAGAAGCUGUGGAACUGGACCAAGUUCAUCGUGCUGAGAGGUGUCUCCAUCGACGCCGUCUCUCACGACUCCGAAACACUACGCGAGAUCCAUGCUCACGCCCAUCGCUACGACGUUCGCGUAGAGCACUUGUGGACAUACUGCCAGGUCAUCUCAGCAAUGCUCAUGUCCAUCGCUCACGGCAGUAACGACAUUGCCAACGCCGUCGGCCCAGUCGCAGCAGUCUACCAAACAUACCGCGUCGGAGAAGUCGCGACCGAGUCCUCAACUCCCGUCUGGAUCCUCGUCUUGGGGGGUCUGCUCCUCGGCCUCGGCUUCUGGUUCAUGGGUUACCAUAUCGUGCGUGCCUUGGGUAACAAGAUCACGCAGAUGAGCCCGACUCGUGGUUUCUCCAUUGAGCUCGGUGCGGCUAUCACGGUUCUCAUGGCCUCGAGACUUGGACUUCCAGUCAGCACCACGCAAUGUCUCACUGGAGCUGCUGUGGGAGUGGCGCUCAUGAACUAUGACCUCAAGGCCGUCAAUUGGCGGCAGGUUGUGUUCAUCUUCAUGGGAUGGGUCCUGACCUUGCCAUGUGCUGGUCUGAUUUCAGGGUUGCUCUGUCUCAUGGCUCUGAAUGCGCCUUCGUUCUAA